AUGGUUAAUUUCUCUACUCUUGCGUCCGCGGUUCUGCUCGCUGUGACGGCCGCUACCGCCCACCCUACUGAUGCUCCUCUGAGCCAGAGUGAGCUCACGCGACGCGCCGACUUCCAGAACUUCGCGCGUCGCUCCCUCAAUGCCUGCCAAGACGUUCUUAAGCGUCGUGGACACCUCGAAAAGUCGGCUGCUCGUCGCAGGGCGCUCGCCGAUAACCUUCGCCGCAAGAGAGGUCUUCCUACAAGCAGCCUCUACAAGCGUCUCAGCUUGGAUGACGUCUUGAGCACUGACCAUCAGUCGAACGCGACCGGUCUAACUGCCGAUUUGGAUCCCUUCGAUGGAACUGGGUCUUGCACGCUCGAAUCUGAGACCACUCAAGGCCCGUACUACGUCGAUGGAGAAUACGUUCGCUCGGACAUCACUGAGGAUCAAGAAGGCAUAUACACCUAUGUCGACGUCGAGCUUAUUGACUACUCCACUUGCGAGCCUGUCACCGACGUCUACAUCGACUUUUGGCACUGCAACGCAACGGGCAUCUACUCUGGUGUUGUCGCUGGUGGUAAUGGUGAUCAAACUGACGAGACCAACUUGGAUAAGACUUUCCUUCGUGGCAUUCAGCCGACCAACUCUGAUGGUUACGCCCAGUUCGAGACCAUUUUCCCAGGACAUUACACGUCGCGAGCAAAUCAUAUCCAUAUCAUCGCACACAACGAUGGAACCGUUUUUGACAACGGUACCUUCAAGACUGAUAGCGAUCACCACGUUGGCCAACUCUUCUUCGACCAAAGCUUGAUCUCCAUCGUCGAAGCAACUUCUCCGUACUCGAGCAAUACCCAGCAGCUCACUUUAAAUGAGGACGACUCGAUUUUGUCGGGAGAGGUUGAGGGAACGAACGGCGUUGAUCCUGUCCUCGAGUACGUCUACCUCGGUGAUGAUAUCUCUGAUGGCCUUCUUGCCUGGGGAUCUGUGGGUAUCGACAUCUCAGCCAGCUACUCGGUUUCUUCGGCAGCUACUCUUACCGAAGAUGGCGGUGUUGAGAACAGCUCCAGUGGUGGAGAUGGAGGUGCUCCGCCCUCCUAGAUGUUGAUGAUGGUGUUCAAAUUCCGUCGUGGACAAGCUGUCGAAGUAGUGCAGGAGAUGACUAGUGCUU